UUCAGUUUCACCUCUCAAAGAUUCUACUAAUUGCUGCGAUUUGUAUUCAGAUGACAUGGCGAAGAACUCCCAUCUCAAGGACUUGCAGGCACUUGACCCCUUGAAGGUGUUCCGUGCUGACAUCGGCGAAGAAGGCAGCUUGGACGAUGCCGUCGCCGGCUGCGACUACGCCUUCCUCGUCGCUGCUCCGAUGAACUUCAAUUCAGAGAAUCCUGAGAAAGAUUUGGUUGAAGCCGCCGUCAAUGGAACGCUCAACGCGAUGAGAUCGUGCGCGAAGGCGGGGACGGUGAAGCGCGUGAUCAUAACAUCGUCGGACGCAGCGAUCUCCAGAAGGCCGCUGCAAGGCGACGGGCAUGUGCUGGACGAGGAAUCCUGGUCUGACGUUGACUACCUGAGAACGGAGAAGCCGCUAGCCUGGGCGUACUGUGUCUCCAAGGUGCUUUUGGAGAAGGCAGCAUGCAAGUUCGCGGAGGAGAACAACAUGAGCCUCGUCACCGUAUUCCCGGUGUUCACCUUGGGCGCAGCGCCGGCGCCGGUGGCGAGGACGAGCGUCCCCGGCAUCCUCUCCCUGCUAUCCGGUGAUGAGACGCAUCUCGAAGUCCUGAAGCCCCUGCAAUCGUUCACCGGCUACGUGUCGAUCGUUCACGUCGACGACCUCUGCCGCGCCGAGAUAUUCCUCGCCGAGAAGGAGUCAUCGUCAUUGUCGUCGGCAGAGUCGUCGGCGAGGUACAUCUGCUGCAGCUUCAACACCACCGUCUUGGCGCUUGCCCGUUUCAUGGCCGGAAGGUACCCGCAGUACAACGUCAAAACCGACCGCUUCGACGGGAUGCCUGAGAAACCGAGAGUCUGCUGUUCGUCGGAGAAGCUGAUCAGGGAAGGGUUCGACCGUUCGAGUUCAAGUACACGAAUUUGGGCGACAUACUUGAUGACCUUGUGGAGUAAGGCAGGGCCCUGGGAAUUCUACCACAUUGAACGAACAGCUCAUGCUGCUCUACUUUCAACCUACUCCCUUCGUCAAAAAAACGAAACUAAGACUGGAUGUGACAUAUCCUUUCGUCCAAAAAAACGAAACUAAGACUGGAUGUGACAUAUUCUAGUACAACGAAUCUGGACAGGUGUAUAUCCAGAUUUGUAAUACUAAGAUAUGUCACAUUCAGUACUAGGAUGGUUUAGGAUGGUUUUUAUGGGAUAGAGGGGGUAGAUGUCACGAGGACCAAACUAUAUAUGCGCUUGUGAAAUAAGUGGUCUGUGCCUUUAAACAUCUCAAAGAAAAAAAAAUACAGUGUUUUAAGAUGAGCCUAA